AUGCACCGGCAGGGUCACCUUAAGGUGUCGGUGUGCCCCGGCGCCCCCCUCGACGAGGAGCGGCUGGCCGAGCUCGCCUUCGAGGGAAAGCUCCCGCCCGCGCCGUUGGGGUUCGUUGGCGUGCCUGUGGCGGACCUAGCGGGGCUUGAGCGAAGCCGACCCUUCACGCUGGAGGCGGAGGGAGGUUCACCCGUCGCGCGGGGUCCGCGCUCCAUCGACCUCGGGUUCACGGUGGUGGAAGACAUCGCCGCCAACCGCCUCGGGGACGGCGGGAAGGAGCCCGCACACUCUUCGGGAAUAUUUUCCACCUCCGACUUUUCCGUGGACCCGCCUUUGCCCGUGCACUCCUCCUCGUCCUCGACGCGGCGGUCUGAACCGCGGGCCCGCUGGGAAGGAGCGGGGGAAUCAAACGGUGGUGCGGGAGAAGUGUUUGGGAGUGGCGGUGCGGUACAGCAGCAGGCGACGCGCUCCCCACGCGCCUCCUACUACGGAGGGGUGGAGCGUGACAGCGGCGGUAGUGUCGCUUCUCGAUCAGGGACCAGCAGUGACAACGGCGGCGGUGGCCGCGCCUGGGUAAACGACGACGCCGGUAGCCUUUUUCGAGCUAGCGGCUCGUCCGGGGGAGGGCUGGGAUCGACGCCAUCGUCCACGCCCGCCGCCGCGGUCCCUCCGCGGUACCCCGGUGGUGGUGGUGGUGGUGGUGGUGGCGGCGGGAGAGAUUCCUGCGGGACCCGGCGGGGCCGGGCGGGGAAGAGGGGGGUUGGCAGCAGUAGCACCAGCGGCUCUGCUUUCUCCGAGGAAGGACUUGGAAACCCGGGCGGAGAAUCAGGUGUUGGCCGCGUCGGUGCUGAACGGCAAGGGAUGCGGGACGCUGCCCCCGGAUUCGGUUCCUGGAAGAGGGUAACCGAUGACCAAAACGAUCACCGCCCUCCGUCACAGGCCACGGACGACAGUCUUGAAGGGGGAGAUGAGAGCGAGGCCGAUGAUUUCGGUGUUGCCGCAGCCGUGCUGCUGCAAGACCUCGCCGCUAAAGAGAGGGCAAUGGACGAGGACGGGAGCGGUAUCGAUGGCAGCAGCUUGAGGAGGUCUUCUUCCGGGGUCUCUUCGUCGAGCAGCAGCAGCAGCAGCAGCAACUCCGACUUCUCCUCGGCGCACCCUGUCAACUCCUCCACGGGUGGCGAUCUGUUGGGGACCAGCGGGGGCGCCGCCGGGCGGAGCAGGCGCGGUGGGAGCGGAGGUGCGAUGGACACGCCCCGGCGGGAGGCCGCUUCCGUUAAGCUGCAGGCCACCGUCGCUGCCACCGUAGCGGAGGUGGCAGCGGAGACUUUCGAUGGCGGCUCUCUGCAGAGCGGGUUUUUCAACUCUUUGGACGACGAUGACGACGACGGCGGCGACGACGAUGAGAGCAGUCAUAUCGGGGGCUUGCCGAUGUCGGGGUCAAGGUCCCCCCGAGAGGCCGCUGUGAUCCCGAUGCCUGGUCGCCGGGAGCCCGACACCGAAAGCGAAAGCCAUCGCCAUCGAAACCCCCCGACUCCCCCGGCUGGUAGCACGAGCAGCGAAGUUUUUUUUGCCGGGGGGUUGCCGCUGGCGGGGUCUAGGUCUCCGCCGCCCGCCGCCGCCGGCCGCGGCGCUCCCGGUCGCCGAGACCCCUCCUCCUCCGACGCGGACUCCUCCGGCGGGCCGUCGUCGUUGCUGUCGCUGUCCGCUGGCAGCAGAUCAUCGUCGCCCGGGCCGGGGGGAGGGCGGUUGAGGCGGCGGCAGCGGCGGAAGCCCAAGGAGCAGGGGCCGGUUCCCGCGCCUGCGGCUGUGGUCGGCACUACGGCGGGUACGAACUGCGGCGGUUCGUCGAGCGGUCCCCUGGAGGCGUUGUCCUCCCCCCCCCGUGCGCCACGCCCGGCAACCGGCGGCGGCAUAGGUGGAAUGCGCCAGCGGGACGGGGCAACAGAAGACAUGCUAUGGCGCAACCGGUCCUCGGAGGUGUCCUGUUGGGAGCACGAGAAAUCUACCGGCGACGAGGAAGGAUCGGGCGGCGGCGGGAGGCGGGAGAGUGCGGCGGCGGGGGUCGGCAGGGGACGGGAGCCGCUCCGGAACAAGCAGCAGCUGCGCCAGGUACCCCGCCGCCGACAGCCCAAGGCUGCGGCAGCCGCGGUUGUCCCCGCCGGGAAUAACGCCUCCUCCUCCUCCUCCCGCCGGGGCGGCGCCAAGAAUAUGAAGCAGAGGCCGCCGGGAUGGCGAACCAUGUCCGGGGGUCGGUGGGCCGGGGGGACGCGGACGGUUGUUGGGGCGGCUGCGGCGGCGGCUCCCCCAGCGAAGGCCGAGGAGGAGGAAGCCCCGGUGGUGCCCGGCUUGCGAGCCACUCACUUCGCGCCGGGGUUCGUAGGCGUCGCCUGGCCGGACCCUUUCGAGGAGCCGUCGGCCGUGCGGCAGCUGAACGCCGCGCGGGAGCGGGUGCUGACGAAGAUCGAGGAGGCCUCGGCGCGCAAGAUUGCGGAGGUCGAGGAGAGGGCUCGGCGAGCCAGGCGCGAGAGGGCGGAGAAGCAAAAGCGAAGAAACACCAUGCUGGAGAAGAAAGUUCGGGGAGAGAUCAAAGACGCCUUGGAAGAGCAGGAGCGGCGGCUCCGGCGGCAGCUCGAGGCCGCGCAACGGCGGCAAGCCGGCGCCGCCGCUGCUGCCGCUGCCGCCGCCACCGCCAGGUCUCCCCCCGCCGCCGGAGGAACAGCAAUAACGGGGGCUGCAACGAUAGGCGCAGCCGCGCGGGAGCGUGCCGAGGCUGUCCGGAGAAGGCGGGCCCUGCUAGAGGCCGACGAGGCUCGAGCCAAGAUCUACGCCUUCAAGCGGCGAGGGGAGCUCCGGACGCAGGCCUUGCUGCGCGGGUGCGCCCGCGGCGGGGCGGCAAGCGAGGAAGAUAUCGCGGCGGCUGCGGAGGCGUUUGAGGCGGCGGCGGCGGCGGCGACGGGGGCAGGGGCGGGAGUUAAGGCCGCGAAGGGGGUGGUGAUAGCCGGCGGUACCACCAGGCCGAGGUUUGAGUCGUGGAACGAGCUGCGCCGGUCCAAGGCCGAAGAAAUACGCCUCCAGGGAACCAUGGAAAAGGCUUUCAAGGCCCUGCACGGCGUCGCCGCUCGCCGCCGGGAGAACGCUGUGGGCGCCCGGCGCGACCGCGCCCGCGAGAGCAACGCCCGUGCGGAGGAAGGCCACGGGAGAGCCCGCAAGCGCCUUCGCAUGCAGGCGGAGACGGCGGCGGCGAGGGCGGUGGCUCGCGCGAAGGAGGCGGCGGAGGCAGCUGCCGCGGAGGCCGAGGCUCGGGAACGUGCUCGGCCGAGUCCCGGGUAUCCGCCUCUUGUGGAGAUCUUGGGGGAGGCGAGAGAGGUCGUGGACAACAACGACGAGGAUAGCAGCGACGCGGCAAGCAGCGAAGGAGCCGAGCGAGGCGUGCGCGUCGAGGUGCGGGUGCCCAGCGUUAACGGCACAGAAGCACCGCCUCCUCCGGGUGACAGGGCCCGCCGGACGGCGACCGCCGCGCGGCGAGAGUCGGCGUGGGCACAGGAGGAGGAGGAGGAGGAUAGAGCGGUAGCGCGGCGGCUCGAACACCUUGACAGAGUGGCGGCGAGGUUGGAGGAGGCCGGGGCGGAGAUCGAGGCCAACAUCGACCUACUCGGCCUGGAGCACGGCCGCGCGCCCCGCCGCUCGGCAGCAGCGAGCUACGGUGGUGGCCACGGGGGACCUCCAGACAUGAUCUAUCACGACACGCGGCGGCGAUCUACGGGUCGAGAAGAAGAAAAAGAGAACGACAGCAUCAGCCGCUUCGUCAGCGGCGGGCGGCGGCGGCGGGCACGAAAGAGGAGAGACGGCGGCGGCAAGAGAGUCGUUUCCCCGGUGGCGUUGCAGCGCCCCGCCCGCGGCCGGCCGAAGGCGCGCGGAGGAGGAGGAGGAGGAGGAGGAUUAGGGAUCGUCUCCCGCCGCCUUGCCGCGCCGACAGUGAGCAGCAGCAACAAGGCCGCGGCGUCGUCGAGCGGUGGAGGAGGAAGAGGAGCACCCAACCGCAGCCGCGGAAGCACCAGUUUAUCGAGGUCCCCGGCUAGGAGACAAAAGAGGCCAGCCCGUAGCGGCGGGGGAAAGGCGGCGAGAGCCAACGACGACGAUGAUUUGUUGUCCGGGCGGCGACGGGGAAGGGAGGGGGCGGCCGCCGCCACGGCCUUGAGCGACGCGCUGAUGACCUGCCUGCCGCGGCGGCGGAGGAGGAGGCGGCAGCUGGGCGGCGACCACGAGGUCCGCGCCGGGGGCUCUCGUCUAGGAGGGACGACGAUUUCCGCGACAGUGGCGGUGACGGCUACGGUUACGUUGAAGACAGGGAGAGAGAGGAGAUGGUGGCCGCUCGGUCCGGUGGGAGAUGGGGGUCCGAAAGAACGGAAGAAAUGCGAACCAGGCGACCACGACAACAGGAGUGAGGCCAGCUUGCUCGGGGAGAGCGCUAGGAGCAGAGAGCGGUACCGCGAGGAGCACAGGGAGGCGAUGGAGUCGGUCUCGAGCGACGCGCUGCGGAUGCGCGCAAUCAAGGACGACCUCUCCGAGGUGCUGCGGCGGCUGAGGGAAGGGGACGCUCAAUCGGCGGCGGCGGCAGCGGCGGCGGCGGCAGCGGGACAACCGCCACGGGCGAGUGUGGCCCAACGGGAGGAUGAGGGCAAGGAAGAGCUGGAUGCGGCGUUUCACAGCAUCUCUACUCGCCGCCGGCCAAGGGAACGCCAGCAGAAGAAGCCGGAGGAGAGACCGGAUCUGACCGCCGCCGCCGCCGCCGCCGAUCGGGGGCCCCGCGCUUCGUCUCGGCACCAGGUACCCGGUAGAUCGUCGGGGGCGUCGGCAGCGGCGGCUGGAACGACGGACGCCGCCUCCAUGUCCCUGCAGGUUUCGGCCCUUGCCGACCUUGAGGCUCGCAUCGCUUCCCUGGGCGGGCUGUUGAACUCUUUCUCUUCGGAGGAGGACGGGGACGGUUCGCGGCAGCAGCAGCAGCAGCAGCAGCAGCAGCAGCAGCGGCAGCGGCGGCGUGAGCACCGACAGGACGGUGUGUUUUCGUCUCCCGGUGGUAUGGAGGAGGAGGAGGAGGCGGGAGGGUUGCUCCGGCCGUCGCCGCCGCGGGGGCGGGAGCAGGAGCGGGAGCGGGAGCGGCCACGAUCGACGAGCCCGGUGCCGUUGACGCUGAUGCGUGUUCGAUCCCCGUGCCCGUCGUCGUCAUCGUCGUCUCCACGGUAUAGCGUUGGCGGCAGUCGGGAAGACGACGGCAGCAUCAGCGGCGGCGGCGGCGGUUUUUCGACCUCCCGGCCGUCGUCUCUUCUCGUGAGCUCUUCAUCGGGAGGAGGUGCCGGGGCCACUGCUGCUGGUGGUGCUGCCGGCCGUAGCAGGAACAUCGCGGACGAGACCGCCGGAAUGUCUAGCGCUGCCAACGACCUCGCCAGGGAGAUCGACGAGCUCCUGCGGGCAAGCGGUAGCGGGGCGCGUGGAGACAGCAGCGGUGCUAGCGGCAUGGUAACGGGCGACGUCUCCGGCCGUUGGAGAACCCGCGGCAGCGGCUGCCGGUUGGGCACCGCUAUGGCGGAAGGCGAAGGGUUGGAGGAAAUGGCAGAAGUCAGCUCUGUGGGGUGGGGAGACCUGGAGGGGAUGGCGGAUAGGCUUGGGGCACUUGCUGCUGGCCGGAACAGCAGGGGGUCUACUGGUACUACCUGUUAAUAGUAUUUUUCCGUGAGUAUGUUUUCGAGGCCAUGUGGUUGAAGGCACCGACGGUUUUCAAGAGUCAGCCCUGGGUGCUGAGGGGAGGAGGGUGGGUGGGAGGGAGAGGUCUAACACUCAAGCCUUAAUCUGUCUGUAUUGAAGCCGCCACCACACCACUUUGGGUACUAAAGUUAGGAGUAUUUGAUACCUUGUUCGUUUGUUUUUCUACCCGUCUACUCGGGGAGUACCUAGGUUUACAAUCACCUCCUCGGCACGUUUAGGGCGUACUAGCCGCCGAGCUUGAACGGAACAUUUCCUCUGCGAGCCUAUCCUUCAUUCCGAUACUAAGUAUUUUACGUGACCCCAUUGGACCUAGACUAUAUGUGUAGUACGGGCAGACAACAGUGUUGGGGGUUGUGUUGUAGGGGGUCAAAGCAAAGAGGGUAAGGUGUAGACUGUAGCCUUGAGCGAUGUUCGGUCAUUGUAGCAUGCGUCUUGGCAAGCGUGCUUUGUUGUUAAACCAACCUCAUCGUACGUGACCCUUACGAGGUUACAAGAUAAGACCCGUGACUUAUGUAGCACGUCCAGUUUCCCCACAAGGAGAUGGAGAAUCGAGAACAACAGAGUCCGUAAAUGUUUUGUGAUUUCAACCGGUUUGAUGUCGUAUUUAGUAAGCCCCCAUCAUUCGGUCCAGCCAUGAGUGCCACUUUGAGAGAUCAAGAACGAUAUGUGGGUCCCGGAGCUUUUUUUCAGUAGCCAAAUGUUAUGAAGAGGGGCCUAACCCCAUUUAUUUGAUGGCGAACCCCCCAGAUUGACCCGUCAGUGUUAUGUUGUUGAGUAAAAAAGUGGAAUUAAGUCCCCCCGACCCUG